AUGAAGCGUAUCUGGGUGAAGCCUGCGUGGGAAGAGGACGAUUUGGAUCUUCAGGUGCGCGCACGUAUUACCUCAGUGGGAGGCGGAGCACUUCUCAAACUCUGGGUGAGCCAUACUGAUCCUUCUCAGCAACCCGCAAACCAUAUAGACCGAAUUGCCACUGGAUCGGCAGACAAUGGAAGCCUCGGACCCGACAACCUAGCGGAUCUACCACCAGGCCGUAUACAUAGCUACUACUUCUCGAGUGGAAUACACGGCCAAUCCCCAUCUGUAUUGUCUUUUCCAGGGAGCAGUGACCUUGACGCAGAGGGCGGGCGAAAGACUGACACCACAACGACACCGAGUAGACGAUUCGCCGGCCUCCAUGUUCUGAUCAAUCUCUUCUUCACCUCCCUGAGCUGGAUAUUCUCUGAGAAACGAAUCCUCUGGGCAUUCAAACAGUACGGCAUCAUUCUUGGCCUGAGCAUAUUCGGACGUCUCUGGCACCAAUUAAAGAUCGCCUUGGGGUUGCAACCAGACAAGGAAACGCAAAGCCGAGCCCAUUCAAUCGACUCCGCGGGUGAGGAAGUUCGCCCGUCGCAAGACCAAUCGCAGGAAAGCUCACGAGAGCGCGGUAAUUGGGGCCCUCACCGCAAACCCCUCGGGACGACGGCGUGGGACGAGAUGAAAAGGUCUUAUAAUCAGGACUCCUCCUCCCUGCAGGACCAUCUCGAGAGCCUCUACGGCAUCCUGAAUCUGCAUUUACAGGCCCGUUGUCUCACGCAUUGUUCUGCAGCGUUACAGUUUAUCAAGCGUCUCGUCGACGACCUCUCGCAGACAAGACAGGAGUUUGUCGACGGGGGCAUCGGGCUGGAGCAGCAACACGUGAGAGCGCGGACCCAGUGGUACAACUUUCUGCAUAGACUGGACGCUGUGGAAUGGGCGAAAAUGGCUGAGACAGAGAUAAAGACACUACUUCUUCAGGAUAGAGAGGAUCAUACUGACGAUUAG